AUGGACCUUUGGUGGCCGCCUGGUGUGCCAUAUAUACGUGACGGCGCCCCUAGGAAUCCGCCGGCAGCGUCAUCUGGAGAUGCCGCCAGUCUCGCGCUACAUGCCUCGGACCCAUCUUUGUCCGAGAUAUACACCUGCACACUUGGGCCCGACCGCUUUCGACUGAUCUACUUGUCUGCAGCAAGUACCCCGGACAGCCCUAUUCACGUGCACUUGGUGGACUAUGGACUAGAUGAUUGCCCCGAAUACGAGACAGCUUCCUACACAUGGGGUGGGGAAGACGGCGACGCCACACCGUGCAAGCCAGCCUACUUUGGGGAUUUCUGGGAUGUGCUGUUCAUCACUCGGAACUGUUCGUCUCUGUUGCAGUACCUACGCUCCCAGAUGGUGACUCGAAUCGUUUGGGUCGACGCCAUUUGCAUCAACCAGAACAACAUCCAAGAGCGCGGCGCGCAGGUAUCUUUGAUGCCAGAGAUCUACGGAAAUUGCAUGCGGGUCGUCGUAUAUCCGGGUGAACAUAUCGUUCAUAGGGACGAGCGAAAUUUCCGAGAAAGAAUCAGGCAUACUGGUGCACCAGGCAAGCGCUCCAUGUCUCCCGAGAUGUGGACUAAGGUCAUGGAGACCGAGUAUGUGCGCCGUGUAUGGAUCAUCCAAGAGCUCAUUCUCGCACCAAGUGCUAUUCUGGCCGUCGAAAACUGCGACAUAUACAUUGACCACAACCUUUUGUCACCGAGUUAUUACAGUGACCCGCCGGAUAAGCCUCCUUCUCAUAUCAAUCCCACUCAAGGCAGAGAAUGGCUCCAAUAUGACUGCAUCAUUGGCGUAACGGGACACACUUUACUUGUUUCAAAAGCGUUCUGGCCCUUGUUCUUUGCACGAAACUCCAACAAGGCAUUGAGAUAUCCGUCAUGGGUGCCUAGCCUGGACAUUGUGGCAUCCGAGGCUGAUGAGCAUUUCAUCUAUAACAUAGAGCCUGAAGUGAUUGAGGAAGUGCCAGGCAAAUGGGCCAUGGCCGUUGGUCUGCAACAACUAAAGGACUAUCAAGCCUCCUCUAUUGUCGACGACUAUUACCAUGUGGACUACGACAAUUGGUUCAAGGACUCCCAGCUUCAAAUUGACUGGGUUGGAUCCCGGCUUCCUUGGUAUCAGGAUGCCUCCAUAGGCUCAGACAGUGGAGCACUAACCUUAAGGCUUGUGCGUCUGUUCGAUACACCUCAUAGAAUUAUGGGGCCAAGCAACCGCUUCCGCGUGGGCGGACCAUCGACCGCGGCCUGUUUUACCUGCACCAAGACGCCCCAGGAGCUAGCACAGCCUUGCCACAUGUUUUUGGCAUUCCGUGCCUGGGUGUUUGCCGAGGGCGAGGUAACGACCGCGCAGUACUCAAGACGUCCGACCUCUGACAUCUGUCUACUUCUUGCCACAGAGGCCAAGGCAUCCGGGAUGUUCGAGCUGAUGCUGAUGCACUGCGACCGCCUUGACGACGCGGCGUUGUUCUCCAAGAGCCCCAUGACGACCUUACCUCCGCCAUUGCUUCCGCGAGAUAGCUCUUAUGGGCGCAGCGCGUUGAGCCUCUACGAAAUGCUUUACGAAACUCUAAACUACGAGCAUCGGAAGCAAUACUUAUUACCCCGUCGUGACAGCCGUACUUUUUUUGAAAGCAGUGUACCUGAAGUCAUGUUGUUUAAUCAGAUCGUCCCAGGAUCGGGACUCAUCGACAUGUUCCAGCUUCCACCUUGCGUUUUACAACUCGCACUUGCUGCAGCUCGUACGGGGGAGCCGACUACGGUCACGGAAGACUUCAGGCAGGCCUACGCAGCCUGUCUGCAGUUCGUACCAGCAGAAUUUAAUCCCAUUCUCGAUGAUGAGUAUGUGUGGUUCAAACUCGUCGAUAGCGAUGAUCUGGAGCAUUUCUGGGAUGGUUUGAUAGAGUACAGUUCUUGGACAAAUAUGAGCGAGAGGGACUAUAAUUGUAACAAGAGCUGGCUGCCAUGGGAUAUCCUCUUCCCUCCCUGGUUUGACCUACAGAUACCAGAUAUCGGCAAAGGUCAUUGGAACGGGCAGCGAGACUCUUCAUGUUGCACUCGACAUGAAGACAAUGAGGAUGGAGGGAAUAGAGGGCUGCAUUAUUGGCUGCCGUGCGCCGCAGAGCCAACAGAAUUGCAGAUGCCUGUGAGGGCAAAGAUGCCACUCAAGGAAAUAGUCGAGGCCAUCCGUGAAAUGAGACUAUGCUGGCUUUACAGAUGCCUAGUGGCAUUUGGUGAAAAGGUGUCUGAGGAUGUGGAGACCCUUCUAGAAAGGGGACCUCAGCCUGAGGCCAGCAACAUGUAUCUUCAAGAGUGGCCGAAAGCAUUGGUAGAGGAGCUGGGGUUUGUUUGGCAGCACGAGAUGGUGACGUUUGUGUGA